GUGCGCUGCGCAGGCGCGGUGCGAGCCGGCACCGGCGCCCGGCGGGUCGCGGAGGGAGAUUGCCUUGGUCCUGCACCCGUCCGUCCUGCUGCAAUGAGUGGCAAGUCCCUGCUCUUAAAGGUCAUUCUCCUUGGGGAUGGUGGAGUUGGGAAGAGUUCCCUCAUGAACCGGUACGUCACCAACAAGUUUGACUCGCAGGCCUUCCACACCAUUGGGGUGGAGUUCCUAAACCGGGACCUGGAGGUGGACGGACGCUUUGUGACCCUCCAGAUUUGGGACACUGCGGGACAGGAGAGAUUCAAGAGCCUGCGAACCCCCUUUUACAGGGGAGCAGACUGCUGCCUGCUGACCUUCAGUGUGGAUGACAGGCAGAGCUUUGAGAACCUCAGUAACUGGCAGAAGGAGUUUAUCUAUUAUGCUGAUGUGAAGGACCCUGAACACUUUCCAUUCGUAGUCCUGGGCAACAAGAUAGACAAACUUGAGAGACAAGUGAGCACAGAGGAGGCCCAGGCCUGGUGCAUGGAGAAUGGUAACUAUCCAUACCUGGAGACUAGUGCCAAGGAUGACACCAACGUGGCAGUGGCCUUUGAGGAGGCUGUGCGACAAGUGCUGGCAGUGGAGGAGCAGCUGGAGCACUGCAUGCUGGGCCACACCAUUGACCUGCACUCCAGCUCCAAAUCAGGCUCUUCCUGUUGUUAGGAGCGGCUGCUGUUUUGGGAGCAUCGCUUGAGCCAGCGGCUGGAUGGGAACAAGCAUGGGCAGCUCUGGGGCACUCUGAGGAGCGUGGCCACAAGGACAAUAGGUGGUUUGCUCACUGGGGAGCUGCAGCCUUACCAUCCGAGUUCUGGCUGGAGUUUUUGGGCACAGAGCAUGUAUCUGCAGGAGGGAGCUGUUAAAGAGCACGUGAAUGUAGUCCUGCUUCCAUCUCUGCCUGUCGUAGCAGGUUUAAAGGACUGGGUUAAAGUCCUUUAAAUUCAUUAAAGACAAUAGUGAUCUGAUCUGUACCAAGAACUGCCUGCAGAACACAGCUGAGAGCACCCUAGACAGUCUGUGAAGUAUUUUAGCCCUGAACUCAAAUACUAGACCCACUAAACACAUGACCUUACUGCCAAAGGAACGUCUGCUCAGCAUACUGAAUGAAGCCUGCUGUAGAGACUGUAGCCCAUGUAACUGUGAGAAUGCCAAAUACCAGAGUGGCUGAGAUGAGUGUAUCUGUUGUCUGGGAUAAGUGCAUUUUGUCCUGAGACUGACUUGUGUUGGGAAUUGUUAUAGCUCUGAUGUGAAGCAACACAUGAAGGAGGGAUGGACCUGUGUUCGAAUGUGGCAGCAUUGCUUCUUUGUAGCUGCCUAUUCCUGAUCUGUUUUUUCCACACCUCUAACUCUGUCUUGUGUGAAUGUUACCUUGUGGAGAGACUGCUUCUUGUUUAAUAUACGUUUCCUUGUCUCUUGUGGAGGCCUAACACUGGAUCUUGCUUUUCAUACCUUGAAGCCCUGGAUGAAAAAUACUGAUGUGGACAUUGCUGGGUCAUGUCAGAGGGUUUAGAGUUACUCAGGAGUUCAGGAGAUCUGGAGCGUGAAACUUCAGCUGUUUUCUGUCACAAGUAAUCACUGUGCCUGGAUGUUAUACCCUAGCACAGCGGAUGGAGGUGGGCUAUCUCUGGGGUGUGCAGGUAGCUGAGGGAGUCAUGCGUGGUCAGCUGCUAAACCCACUCUGUGUCCAGGGCUGGUGACCACUGUACUUUGUUAGCUGGUGGGUCAGCAUCUGCAGCUGCUUUAGCACCGAUGUUCCCGUCUGGGUGCUGCAACUUAGAACUGUUCACUGUGUUACCUGUUGUCAGGUGCAGUGCUACUGAGCACAGUGAACACAUAGCCUUGUCCUGGCCCUUACUCCGUACCCAGGGAAUCCAGUAUGUUUUAUCUGUAAUUCAUAUAACAGACCUUAUUUGUAGAGGAUGUCCACUUGGUUAACUGGCCUUUGUUAGUGGCCACUGCACCAGUUCCACCUCUGUUUAAGGUGUCUGGAAAGUGGUAUGGGGGGGAAGGAACCUUCUAGAAAAGGACAUCAGGCUUCACUGAUCCUGAUUCCUGCCCCCUACUAGGUGUUAGUCCCAAGCUAUCUGUGUAGCAAAGAGAUGAAUGCUUGCUGACUGCUGUCUUUACCAUUAAAACCUCAUGUCUUGCAACCUCCCAUGCAAGCAUUUGUCCAAAACUAUGACUUUGCCCACAAGCACAUAAGAGCCUGCCACAGGGAGAGCUUCCCUGACUCCAUAUUCUCUAGCUGCUGAGUGUAAUUCCCACUGUGAUGAGCUACUGGAUGGUAAAUUCUGUAGCUCUAAUUGAGCAGCAUCACCGAUGCUGUGCUUUAGAGCCCGGCACUGCCCUCCUGCUGCCUGGUGGCAGCUAAUCCCCGUGACUGAGCAUGCAGGCAUCCUCCUCCGGGGGAACUCGGGGUGAUCCUGCCCUUCUCUGGAGGGUAGCCAUCUGUGGAAGGGACUGAAUCUUUAAUGCAAAGUGCUUUGGAAGGAUCUGAUUUCUUUAUAGGCUGAACACUCACAUUCACAGGAAUAGAUAGGGAGUGCUUACAGUCUCUGGGAAACAGGUCCCUGGAGGUAUAAGAGAAGGCUCUGCCUCUGUAGGUGCAACAGAUUUUUACAGGAUACUAAGGUUGUUGUUACUAUUUACUUACCAAUGUGUGACCUUGCCAGGCCUCUAGAUUUCUUCAGUUUAACACUGCCUCACAUUUCCUUCGAGAUCCCGCACUCUGUAACCUGUGGUUCUGAUUUACAUCUCGGAACAGACACGUUCCCCCAGAGCUGGUUGUGUGGGGUCCAGGGCUGGGACAGGCUCAGGCCCUGCCAGAGGGGCCACUGAGGGAGCUCCCUGCAGGUGAAACUGCUGCUUCCAAGGGAUCUGUGUGAGACCUCUUGUAGAAGAGGGCACAGAUUGAACCUGAGUUGAGGCAAUCCCAACACAGCUACAGGUGGGCACAGAAGAGAUUCAGAGCAGCCCUGAGGAGAAGGACCUGGGGGUGUUGGUUGAUGAGAAACAACAUGAGCUGGAUGCAGUAAGCUCUGGCAGCUCAGAAACCAACCUUAUCCUGGGUCACAUCAAAAGUAGCUUGACCAGCAGG